CAGAAAAACUUUAGCUUCUAAUUAUAACUUACAAGGCACAAGCUAUUCUUUUUCCUAAUUAUAAUGGAGCAAAGUCGAUCAUCAUCAUCUUCCCAAAUUGAGGCUCCAACUUAUGGGAAGUAUAUAACCAUUCUCACCAUUGAUGGCGGUGGUAUCAGGGGGAUCAUCCCUGCUGUCAUCCUUGAAUUCCUUGAAUCCCAACUUCAGGAGCUGGAUGGCAAGCAAGCAAGGCUUGCAGACUACUUCGAUGUGAUUGGUGGGACAAGCACAGGUGGUCUUGUAACCGCCAUGUUGGCUGCUCCAGAUAAACAUAAUCGUCCUCUAUUUGCCGCCAAGGAGAUCAAGCCCUUCUAUCUCGACCACUGCCCUGAGAUUUUCCCACAGGGCAAUGUUGGACCACUUGGAAUUGUAGCCAAUUUACUAAAAAAACCCAAGUAUGAUGGGAAAUACCUUCAUGGGAUCAUAAGAGAGAAAUUGGGUGAAACUCGGCUGGGGAAAACCUUGACCAAUGUUGUUAUUCCUACAUUUGAUAUGAAGCUUUUGCAGCCUACCAUUUUUUCAUCCUAUGAGCUGAAAAAAAUUCCCUAUUUGGAUGCUCAACUGUCCGACAUUUGCAUUGGCACUUCCGCAGCUCCGACUUAUCUUCCUCCCUACAAAUUCAAGAAUGAAGAUAAAGAAUUUAAUCUUGUUGAUGGCGGUAUUGCUGCAAAUAAUCCGACAUUAGUUGCUUUAAACCAAGUGAGCAAACAGGUGAUUGAAGGAAAUCCUGAUUUCUCGUAUAUCAACCCAAUGGACUUUCGCCGGUUUCUAGUAAUCUCAAUAGGGACCGGCUCAGAAAAGAAAAAACAACCAUAUGAUGCUGACAAGGCAGCCAACUGGGGUAGUCUUUGUUGGGUAUAUCAAGAUAAUUCUGCCCCAUUGGUGGAUAUGUUUCAACAAGCAAGUGCAGAUAUGGUUGACUAUCAUAUCUCCGUGGUGUUUCGAACUCUUAAUUGCAAGUGCAAGAAUUAUCUCCGUAUUCAAGAUGAUACAUUGGAAGGGACAACAGCUUCAGUUGAUAUUGCUACAAAAGAGAACCUGGAGAAGCUUGUGAAAAUUGGGGAAAAGCUAUUGAACAAACCAGUGUCUAGGGUGAGUUUGGAGACUGGUCAGACUGUACCGAUCGAAAAUGGUGGCACUAAUGCGGAAGCCCUGAAAAAGUUGGCACAAAAACUUUCCCGAGAAAAGAAACUGCGAGAGGAAGAAAAGGAAGAUAGAAAGAAAAAAUCAUCAAAUACAAACAAGUAAAAGGGGAUCAUGUGCUGUUUUUACUAAUGCUAUCAACCUGCUCGAUCAGUUUGGCAAUAAUAAAAUAUUUUGUCUUUCCUUCCAAAUAAUGUAAUCUCCUAAGAGACAAUUAAGGAGUAU